AUUCAUUCUCUCUCUCUCUCUCUCUCUUCGCUUUGCAAACACCCCACCACACACUGUCCAACGUUAACCGAUCAAAAACCCACCUGUGUCUAAGUCUGUUUGAUCCAAAGUUUGCAACUUUCGCUUCACAAAAACGUGAAAAUCAUCUUGCGAUUCUCCUCGACCGAUGCAGAUUGAAUUUCAGGAACCGUCGGUGUCUGGAAUACGUAAUCACCCUUUCCAUGUUUUUAUUCCUUCGAUCUUUGACGAUCGUAAUGCCACUCAUCGGAAACUUGUUGAUCGUGUGAUUUUGUUCUUAUUCCCCUGAAUUCUCUGUUUUUCUUUUUCUUUUCUUUUUUUUUCUUUUUUUUUUCUGGUUGCGUAUUCAGCAAGUGUACUUGUUGAAUCGGAUUACACUGAUGAUUCUCUAAUCUGGGAAACUCACACCCAAAAAUUGAAAAUAAAUAAAUAAAUAAACGAUUUUUCCACCUACCCUUUAAUAAUUGAUUGCAAAAGCGGUUCCAUUUACCAGCCCCUGUUUCUGGGUGUUCGGCUAUGGACGACGAUUUUGGUGGGUUGAUUAUUCGUUUUGAUUGCGAUGAUCUCACUUUAAUUAAUUACGAUGACUUCACGUGAAUAAAAAUUUCAACUCCGAUGACAAAUUUGGGAAAUUCCUUUCUUUUUGUUUUAGAAUAUCCCAUCGUUAGGGGAAUGAAUACCAUGCUUUCCCCUCAAAGUUUUCGUCCUUGGGUUCACCUUGAAUUAUUCUGUUUGUUUUCCCCCUCUUGCAUGUAUUUUCUUCAUCUGGGUCAUCUAAUUUCUAAAUCAAGCGUUUCAUAAAACGAUCGGGGUGGAUUUUCUCCUCUGCCACCGAGGUUUCUUCUUUUUUUCUUUUUUUUCUUUUUUGUUUAUUUGUUUUUAUUUUAUUUUAUUUUAUUUUGUCUUGUUGAUCCUCCUCUUUCAUGGAGGGUUAAUAAUUCUGUGGGUUUAAAUGAAUGCUUUCUGGUGCUUCUAACUCAUAAUUGAUAAUGUCACAAUAAAUGGAGACAGUUGGUCAUAUAAUUCAGUUAUUUUUUUAACGUAAAUUUAUGUCACAUAACAUACUGAGUUUAUGUAAGUAUGCUUUUGUUUGUAGGUUUGAGACCUGAGAUUUGCUAAUCAAUUAUAUUUUUGAGGUACACACUUUUGCAAGUUAGUAUAAGAAUGAAUAACUAUAGUUUCAGAUGUUAUAAAUUAGAAAAACCGAAAAAUGAAUUAAUGUAGUGAUAAAUUUGCACAUAUUUUCAUAAUUCCCAGAACUUUAGAUCUUUUCUUCUGCAAAGUUUGGGCACUGCAUAAGGUUGGCAGUGCCCAUGGAUGCUACAACCAGCGGAACCCCAACUAUACAAUACCAUAACAUCCCUGACCAGCCAAUUACUACCAUUGUUGCCACCCCACUUCCAACAUUUCAAAGGCAACAACGCCAUUGCUUUGGGGACUCCACUCCAGGAGAGUUUCCAUUGUCUGCUAAUCCCUCCAUUGUCCUUCAUGUUCUCACAACAUGCAAUUUGGAUCCUCAAGACCUUGCUAAACUAGAGGCAACAUGCACCUUCUUCAGGCAACCAGCAAACUUUGCUCCAGAUUUGGAUUUGUCCUUAUCUGAGCUUGCUGCACUUGACAUGUGCCAGAAGAGGGCCAUCUUCAAGCCAAUGACGACAGAACAACGGCAAGUUUUGAAGCAAAGGUGUGGAGGUUCUUGGAAGUUGGUGCUGAGGUAUUUGCUUGCUGGUGAGGCAUGUUGCAGGAGGGAGAAAUCACAGGCAAUAGCAGGUCCUGGUCACAGCAUUGCUGUGACAUCAAAAGGGGCUGUUUAUUCAUUUGGAUCCAACAGUUGUGGACAACUUGGGCAUGGCACCACUGAAGAGGAAUGGCGACCUCGACCAAUAAGAACUUUGCAAGGCAUUCGAAUUAUACAGGCUGCAGCUGGAGCUGGUAAGACAAUGUUGGUCAGUGAUUCUGGGCAGGUUUAUGCAUUUGGUAAAGAUUCUUUUGGGGAAGCUGAGUAUGGAGUACAAGGUUCAAAAACGGUUACAGCUCCACAGUUAGUAGAGUCUUUGAAAAAUAUAUUUGUUGUCCAAGCUGCAAUUGGUAAUUUUUUUACAGCUGUAUUGUCAAGAGAAGGCAGGGUUUAUACAUUUUCUUGGGGCAGUGAUGGCAAACUCGGUCACCACACUGAUCAAAGUGAUGUGGAACCCCAUCCUUUAUUAGGUGCUCUUGAAGACAUUCCAGUAGUGCAAAUUGCUGCUGGAUAUUGCUACCUGCUUUGUCUAGCUUGUCAACCCAGUGGAAUGUCAGUAUACUCUGUUGGUUGUGGCUUGGGGGGCAAGCUAGGACAUGGCUCAAGAACUGAUGAAAAGCACCCUCGUUUGAUCGAACAGUUCCAGCUGCUAAACCUUCAACCCAUGGUUGUUGCAGCUGGUGCUUGGCAUGCUGCUGUGGUGGGGCGAGAUGGCCGUGUUUGCACGUGGGGAUGGGGCCGUUAUGGUUGCUUGGGGCAUGGCAAUGAAGAAUGUGAAUCAGCACCUAAGGUUGUGGAAGCAUUGAGCAAUGUCAAAGCUGUUCAUGUUGCAACAGGAGAUUACACAACCUUUGUAGUAUCUGAGGAUGGUGAUGUUUAUUCAUUUGGUUGUGGAGAAUCUGCUAGUCUUGGGCAUAAUGCUGAAAAUGAUGAGGAGGGCAAUAGACAUGCAAAUGUUUUGAGUCCAGAGCUUGUCACUUCACUGAAACAGAUCAAUGAAAGGGUGGUUCAGAUUAGCCUAACCAACUCCAUAUAUUGGAAUGCUCAUACCUUUGCACUCACUGAAUCAGGGAAGCUGUAUGCUUUUGGGGCUGGAGAUAAAGGACAGCUUGGAAUUGAGCUUGUUGCCAACCAGACUGAAAGGGGAAAUCCAGAAAGGGUUGACAUUGAUCUUGGUUAACUGUUCAUUGCCUUUACCCUCCAAUUCUUUACACCAUGCUAUCCUCUAAUUUAUGGUCACCAUGCAUAGCAUUUAGUAUUUAAAUUUCUUGUCUAUUUUGUAAAUAUAAUCAAAGAAUGCAUCGUGAAGGUCCAAGGUAGGUAACGGGUAACAAGGGCAUUAGUUGUUGUCUUAUGGUUGUUGAUAUCUCUCUUAGGCUUCAACUAGUUGUUGAUAGUUGAUACAUUGAUGAAGGUUCAUU